UGCAGCCAAAAUUGUCCUUAGCUACUUAAUUUCAGAUGUGGAGUGAAAUCUAGCUAGCUAGCCCCCUCAGUGAUAAUAGAAACAGCACAAACGCACUAGGAUUGUCAUUAUUUGUGGGGGGGGUUCACGUGCUAACAUGCCUGCUGUAUCUGCAUUUCUAUUUUGAAGUCGGGAAAUAUAGAAACGCAGUCUCCUGAUUUUUGCAGCUAUGGCUCUAUCYAGUUUUGUGUCUACCAGAAACAAUGCAAAAUUGCAAACAACUAGCUACCUACGCAGCAUCGCUUCAGACUGGCGAAAUUGACGCACGUGAACCAACCCAAUUCCUUCGUCUCAGAAAUGUGUCAUCACACAGCCCGAACAGCAACAACAAACAUGGAGGAAUAUGCCCGUGAACCUUGUCCCUGGAGAAUAGUAGAUGAUUGUGGUGGUGCAUUCACCAUGGGGACAAUUGGCGGAGGGGUAUUCCAAUCAAUCAAGGGCUUCCGGAACGCUCCUGUGGGCUUUCAGCACAGACUAAAAGGUAGUGCCAAUGCUGUGAGAAUAAGAGCUCCACAGAUCGGCGGUAGCUUUGCUGUGUGGGGUGGACUUUUCUCAACGAUCGACUGUGGUCUGGUCCAUAUUCGAGGGAAAGAGGAUCCCUGGAACUCUAUAACUAGUGGAGCGAUGACUGGGGCAGUCCUGGCUGCACGCAGUGGGCCCUUGGCUAUGAUGGGGUCAGCUAUGAUGGGGGGCAUCCUACUGGCCCUGAUCGAGGGCUUUGGGAUCCUUCUCACCAGAUACACAGCACAGCAGUUUCAGAACCCGAGUCCCUUUGUGUAUGACCCCAGCCAGCUUCCUCCGAAGGAUGCCAGCCAACAGCAGACUGGGUUCCAGUAGAGCCCAACUUGGUCUGGAG